UAGCGGUUAAAAAUCAGUUUAAAAGCACCGGGCGAGCGGCGGUGCGCCACAGUGAAGUCUAAAGCUUGACUUGCACUGAAAAGGAGCAGAAAAGUUAGCAGCGGACUUGAGAACUGCGGCAUCUGUGGAGAUCAUCAUGGCCAACACACCACAGCCUCCUCACCUACACCUGGCCGAGGUCACCGCGUCCCAGUUCCUCGACAUUUGGAAGCAUUUUGAUGCUGAUGGUAAUGGCUAUAUCGAAGGGAAGGAGUUGGAGAAUUUCUUUAGGGAGCUGGAAACAGCCCGAAGAGGAGCUGGCGUGGACCCGUCAAACCCGACAUUUCGAGAAAAGAUGAAGGAGUUCAUGCAGAAGUUUGACAAGAACAAAGAUGGAAGAAUUGAGAUGUCAGAGCUGGCCCAGAUUCUCCCCACUGAAGAGAACUUCUUGCUCUGCUUCAGACAGUUUGUCAGCUCAAGUGCUGAGUUCAUGGCGGCAUGGCGGCGAUACGAUACAGACCGCAGCGGCUACAUUGAAGCAAAUGAAUUGAAGGGCUUUCUGUCAGAUCUCUUGAAGAAGGCAAACAGACACUAUGACGAGCAGAAGCUUAAUGAGUACACACAGACCAUACUCAGGAUGUUUGAUCUGAAUGGAGAUGGAAAACUGGGCCUUUCAGAAAUGGCAAGGCUUCUUCCUGUUCAGGAGAAUUUCUUACUCAAAUUCCAGGGUGUCAAGCUGACCAGCGAGCAGUUCAAUGCCAUUUUCACAUACUACGACAAGGACGGGAACGGAUACAUUGAUGAGCAGGAGUUGGAAGCUUUGCUACGAGACCUUUGCCAGACAAACAAGACGGAGGCAGACUUGAAGAACCUGGCCGUCUACAAGCAGAGCAUCAUGAGCCUGUCUGAUGGAGGGAAGCUCUACCGCGGCGAGCUGGAAAUCGUCCUCUGCAAAGAACCAAUUCAAUGAUUCCUCAUCCUGUCUUGUUGUGUAUCCUAAUUACAUGUAUGUCUGCCCAACCUGCUCUCCUACCAAAACACUCCCUUCCAGCUAUCCAGCAACAAAACACCAGGUGCAUGUGCCAGACCUCCCAUCUCCUCCUAAAGCUACCUUCUCAAUGAAUGACAAGUGCACCAUUGGCUCAAAAUAGCGCUAUUAAUCCCUUGUUUUCUGGAACCUGACCUCUAAACCCUAAGGAGACCUUUAUGAAACAUAUAACUAGCCCUUAUAGUCCAUUUAAAGUACUUUUUAAGGCUAUGCUAUGAUUUAACUUUCAGUGUUUGUUUUUCUCCAAUACUGUUCAUUGGAAAUCUAAAUAAAAUGU